ACGACACACAGCUCACUACUACGUCCUCCCUAGUUGUGCCGACAUUUCCUAUGAAGAUUCGCUCUGAAGUCACGAUGACGGAAAGAAUGUUUGAAGAGAAACAGCAUGCCUCCCUUUAUCAAAAAUAUCGAUUUGAUCCACCAGAUGAGCUGAAAGAGCUUAUUCUCCAGUACCUGGACAAAAAGAAAGGAAAGCCCCAUCAGCUGGCUGUGGAUUUGGGCUGUGGAACAGGGCAGAACUCUCGUCCCCUGACGGCAUAUUUUGGGCAGGUAGUGGGUAUUGAUGUCAGUAAAUCUCAGGUGGAGCAGGCAAGAACAGUGCCAGGGUUCCCUAACCUCAGCUAUAGAGUAGCUACAGCAGAGGAGCUGCCAUUCCCAGACGGCUCAGUGGACCUGCUGACGGCUGCAACUGCAGCUCAUUGGUUUGAUGCUGAACGUUUCAUAAAGGAGGCUACACGUGUUCUGAAGCCACGUGGCUGCUUGGCUCUCUUUGGUGAUGGAGACGAUAUGAAAAUACACUAUGAAUCCUGUGGUGAUCGCCUUAAUAACAUCUAUGGGGAAGUAAUGCAAAUACUGCUGCCUUAUACGAGCAGUAAGGUAACUGGAGCCAACCGUAAGCUAAAGGACUUAUUUGAAGCCAUACCCUUCCCAGAUAAAGAGAGGAUUGAAAUAAUUCCAAUAAAGAGACAGCUGAGCAUCAAGAAUGUAAUUGGAUUUAUUCGGACGUUCUCCAUGUACCAGGCCUAUCUGAGAGCCGAUCCAAUCGCUGCAACCGCACUGCUGGAGAGAACAACAUCACGUAUUCUAGAGGAGAUGAAAGUGUCAUCGACUGAGGCCAAAGUUGACUUUAUAAUGGAGUACUUCUGUGUGCUUGCAUGUAAACCUGAAUGACACAUGACUCAAUCACCUGUACUAUCAUCCCAAGUGUUUAGCUAGUUCCUACAAAAGGUUUAAUAUUACUUUCUUAAUUACAUUGUUAGCAAAUUUGUGGUCUUACAAACACAGUAUUUUUUUAUAAUUACACAUGAAAGAUUCUGAAAAUAUAUUUGCACUAUGCAUUAUGAUGUUGCACAGUGCUACUUAGAAUUAAUUUCAUCUACAGCAUGCAGGCAUUGAUGUAAUGUUGUUUAAAAUAACCUUUUUUUUUUUUUUUUUUUUGCAGUUGUGUAGUUUGUUCACAUAAAAAG